GCAAGCCGCGCGGCUCACAUUCCCGGAGGCGCCCGGCCCGGGGGCUCGACGAUGCGGCUGGCCGGCGCACUCGCGCUCCCCGCUGUCGGCGAGAGGCGGCUCCAGUCGUGACAGUGGCAACAAGGAAGUGGAGGCGAGGGCUCGCGCGCGCAUCCCGGGGGCUAUAUGAGCCCCGGCCCCGCCCGGCGACACACGGCGCGGACUCGCGACGGCCCUUCUCGCUCCCCCUCCUCGGAGUCGCGAUACGGGGUCGUGAAGGGCGGGUGUGGGAGCAAAGGUUCGUUCCGCAGGCUCUUCACCGACGCCUGCCGAGGGCCCCGGGGGGGGGGGUCAAGCCCCGGGGAGCCCGAGGAGGACAGCAGGGACACGGGCGUCGCCGAGGCACCGGCUCGGUGGCAGCAGCAGCGCCAGCACACCUCGGAUCGCCUGGGAGACCCGUCCCGGCGGCCCUCGCGGCGCACCGGAAGCGGCCGGUGGCGCGUGACUGCGUGCGACUCUUUGCGCAAGCGCAACAGUCCAGCUCUAGCUCAGGGGCGGGCCCAUAGGAGCAGCUUAGAGGCUCAGACAGGGCCUGCUAAGGCGGACGGACUGCUUCCGGCUAGAGGUUCCGGGAGGAGGAGGAAGCUGCGCCCGCCCGCGGUGGGAGGCCCGGGUCGCUUAGUCCCGGGGCUUUGCCGUAGGGCGUUCAGUUUUCCACACUUGUGGCAAAACAAGCCAAGAGGAGGAACAGACACAGUCCUGGUGGUGUGGCCCAGCCCUUAUUCUGCGGAGAUGGCAAACAAGGGGAACAAGAAACGUCGGCAGUUCUCCCUGGAGGAGAAAAUGAAAGUUGUGGAAGCUGUAGAUUCAGGCAAGAGGAAAGGCGAGGUAGCAAAAGAAUUCGGUAUCACUCCUUCUACUUUGUCUACAUUCUUAAAGGAUCGCACCAAAUUUGAAGAAAAGGUGCGGGAGGCGUCUGUGGGACCCCAGCGGAAAAGGAUGAGGAACGCUCUAUAUGACGACAUUGAUAAGGCUGUUUUUGCUUGGUUUCAAGAAAUCCAUGCCAAAAACAUUCUCGUGACUGGCUCUGUCAUUCGGAAAAAAGCACUAAACUUGGCCAACAUGCUUGGCUAUGACAAUUUUCAAGCAAGUGUGGGCUGGCUGAACAGAUUUAGGGAUCGCCACGGAAUUGCUUUGAAAGCAGUCUGUAGAGAGGAUAGUGACAGAUUAAUGAAUGGUCUAGGAAUAGAUAAGGUUAACGAGUGGCAUGCAGGGGAAAUUAUAAAACUGAUUGCUGACUACAGCCCAGAUGAUAUCUUUAAUGCUGAUGAGACAGGAGUGUUUUUCCAGUUGCUUCCCCAGCACACACUUGCUGCUAAAGGGGACCAUUGUAGAGAGGGCAAGAAAGCAAAGCAGCGGUUGACAGCACUCUUUUGUUGCAAUGCUUCAGGGACUGAGAAAAUGAGACCAUUGAUUGUUGGUAGGUCAGCCAACCCACGCUGCCUCAAGAAUGUCCAUUCCCUCCCUUGUGAUUACCGAGCCAACCAGUGGGCAUGGAUGACGCAGGAUCUGUUUAAUGAGUGGCUGAUACAAGUGGAUGCCAGGAUGAAGGAGGCGGAACGCCGGAUCCUCCUGCUGAUCGACAACUGCUCUGCUCACAACAUGCUUCCACGCUUGGAAAGGAUUCAGGUGGGGUAUCUGCCCUCAAACUGUACUGCUGUCCUGCAGCCACUGAAUCUUGGCAUAAUUCACACCAUGAAAGUACUGUACAGGAGCCACCUUCUAAAACUGAUCCUCCUCAAGCUCAACAGCAACGAGGAUCAAGAAAAAGUGGACAUCAAGCAGGCCAUUGACAUGAUUGCUGCAGCAUGGUGGUCAGUCAAGCAGUCCACAGUGGUGAAAUGCUGGCAGAAGGCAGGCAUCAUCCCUAUGGAACUGACAGAUUCUAACACAGAAGCAGCAGCCAGUGAACCAGAUAUUGCCAUUGAAAAGUUGUGGCACUCAGUGGCUAUUGCCAGCUGUGUCCCAAAUGAAAUAAAUUUCCAGGACUUUGUCACUGCAGAUGAUGAUCUCAUCAUCUCUCAGGAGCUGAUGGACACAGAGAUCAUCCAGGGCAUGGUGGCUGGUGAAAAUACUGAUGAAGCUGGAAGUGAAGAUGAGGGAGAGGCAUCUUUACCACAGCAGCCAAAAAUCACCAUCACAGAGGCCAUCUCAAGUGCACAGAAACUUAGACGGUUCCUUUCCACUUGUGUAGGCGUUCCUGAUGCCAUUUUUGGACAGCUAAAUGGCAUAGAUGAAUACUUAAUGAGAAGAGUGACACAAACUCUUAUUGACUCCAAAAUUACUGAUUUCCUUCAAACAAAAUAAUGUAGGAAUUAACUGCCUCUUUUAAUUUAGAAGAUGUAGUUUACAAGAAUAAAGAUCUUUAGAUA